AAAAGAAUCAUGUCAAGGCUUUCCUUUUGCUGCCAGUGGGGUUUUGUUAGCCUAAAAGCUAACUGUAGCCACUGGUGGUAACGUUAGCCACGGAAACCACUGGCAGCAUCUGGUUCAUGUUAAGAUUAAUUUCAGCCGCUUACAUAUAUUUGAUAUGAAUGUGCCGGCCGUAACCAUAUAAAAUCUUGGCCCUUUCCUACCACCUGUGACAAACCGGCAGUGGCUAUUUUUCUAUGUGACGCUGUGGCAUGAUGAGGCUGAGAGUGCGUAAAGCUCCUCAGCAGCCAAACGUAGGGCGUCGUACCCACCCAUCUCAGUCCAAGCGGAAACAUUGCAAAGUGGAACCAUCACCGGUGAGAGGUCGAGGCAAAAUGCAGAAGAAUGAAACAGGCCUGUUCUCCACUAUAAAGAAAUUCAUACGUGGAAAUGCUGUCAAGGUGGAGCAAGAUAUCCCAGCCAAGAGGAGCCGUAUUGAUUGUAGCUCUGAUGGUGAUCUAAUUACUUCAACACCACGGACUAGAGGCCUUUCCAACAAGUCAAUCUCUAGAGUUUGCCGCAAAAGUCUGAAUAAAGAUACAAUGACCUGCAAUAGUAAACCAAUGAAACCAAAUGGUAAGUAUGACGCCCCCAUUGAGGCAGCGAGCAGCCCACCACGCACUACCCUGCUUGGAACCAUCUUCUCUCCAGUCUUUAACUUUUUCUCACCAGCAACUAAAACUGCCACUCCUGGGUCCGACUCUCCUGGCCAGGCAGUGGAGGCAGAGGAAAUCAUAAAACAGCUGGAUAUUGAGCAGGCAGAAGAAAUGCCGAGCAGCACGCUCACAUCCAGAGAGGGCAUCACUCCCUGUCACACUGCCCUGAUUUUGCCACACAGGCUUCAGAUUACCGCUGAUACCACCAUAGAAGAAGGGGAGAUUGUCACUGAAACGGACAUGCCCCCAUUAACUGCCCCAGGUUGUAUGCCAGAUGGCAGCUAUCCACAUGCACUACCCUCAGUUCCUGCAGAAACCUCAUAUGAUGAGGACUGGGAAGUUUUUGAUCCGUACUUCUUCAUAAAGCAUGUGCCUCCGCUGACUGAAGAGCAGUUAACACGCAAACCAGCAUUACCUUUGAAAACACGCAGUACACCAGAGUUUUCUCUUGUCUUGGAUCUGGAUGAAACUCUGGUUCACUGUAGUUUAAAUGAACUAGAAGAUGCAGCUCUGACAUUCCCUGUGCUCUUUCAAGAUGUAAUAUACCAGGUGUAUGUUCGGUUGAGGCCCUUUUUCCGCGAGUUUCUUGAGCGCAUGUGUCAACUGUAUGAGAUUAUUCUCUUCACGGCUUCAAAGAAAGUCUAUGCUGACAAGUUGCUCAACAUCCUGGAUCCGAGAAAAAAGUUGGUCAGACAUAGGCUAUUUCGUGAGCACUGUGUGUGUGUUCAAGGAAAUUAUAUUAAAGACCUAAACAUUCUCGGACGGGAUCUUUCCAAGACGGUGAUAAUUGACAACUCACCCCAAGCUUUUGCUUAUCAGCUGUCCAAUGGAAUACCUAUAGAGAGCUGGUUUGUGGAUAGAAACGACAAUGAGCUUCUAAAGCUGGUUCCUUUCCUUGAGAACCUUGUGGAGCUGAAUGAAGAUGUCCGCCCGCACAUCCGAGAGCGGUAUCGUUUGCACGACCUCCUCCCUCCAGACUGAUGAUCUCACGUUCACCUUUUAAUUCAAGAUGUUAUCGACAUUGGGAAAAACUGACUCCCAGAAGGAUAUAUUCAAUGGACAUCUCUUUACAAAGAAAACAAUGCCAUUAUUAUUGUUUUUUUAAAUCAUGCCAAAAAAAAGAAAGUUUCGUUGGAAUCAAAAAGAUGUUUUUAUACACGCACACUUGAACUAGACUGAGAACAAACAGGCCUGCUUGUCACAGCGGGUCCUUCACUUUUUGCUUGCUUCUUUAGUGCAACUUUGAAGAAAGCCUCCUGGAAGGUAUGUUGUCUUUUAAGAACCAUUUUGGAUUCACAAAACUGAAUGUCAUGCAGUGUUGGAAUAAAUGGACCUCGAUAGCUUCAGCCUGACCUCAAACAGCCAGUCAAACCUGUAUAAUAUCCACUCUAUUUAGUUGUAAAUAUAUGUACAUAAUUUUUUGUUUCUUCGAGGUUUUUAAGUCCUUUUUAUUUUCAUUUCAGAUUUUAGUAUGUAUUCUUUGAUUUGGUUGCUUUUAUAAGCCAAGAAAAUGUUGGUGUGUUUUGUUUGAAGUUGAUAAAGAAGCUGCUUUUCUGUUGUAUGCCUGCAUUAUUCCUGUGAUGCUUUACUCCAUUACAUGCAGUUGUCUGUAAUAAGGUGCAGUUUUAAAAAUGUCUUGGGGAGGAAAUCAUCUCUGAAAUAAUAUUUUAAAGCUAUGUAAUGUAAACUAGAAUAGGUUCUCAACUGAAUACAAAGCCAUAGUGGCCGAACAAUAAUUUUGGAGAUUUGUAUUUGAGAGUCAAUUUCUGAUUUCGACACUUUGAUCCUCCUUGUUGGUAGGGGGUGGGGUUAAUCUUGCACUUUGACAUCCAGCCCUUUGUAAGUUGAUGGAAAAAAAAAAAAAAAUCUUGUCACUUUUCUACACAGGUGUGUACCACCUCACCUCGAUUUGUUAUGUGGGGGGGAAAUACAUUAAAUUGUAGCACCAGCAAAUUGCCAACUUCUUUGCUUCGAAAUCUUGUUUUCCAGGACGUCUUGUGUGUGGGAUCUUUGAUGUCGGACUCACAAGUUUUAUUGACUAUUGAAUGAUCGCUCCUAUUGUAUUCAGUGUUACUCAGUGGUUUCCUUGAAAAUAAAUACAUUUUUA